ACGUGACCACUGCAACAAUUCGCCGGUAGGGGGUGCCGUUAAGGGACACUCCCGUCAGAGUUAAAUAAGCGCUCGGCUAAAGCUAACGUCGGCCUUUUAGAGACAAGAAUCCAAUUGUAAGCUUCUAUAAGGACUUUAUGGUAGUCUGAGCUAGCGAAACUGUUGUCCUCUGACUUCACUGGUCUGACUGUUUACACUCCUGAAAUUGCAAACAUGUCCACCGACGUGAAGCCUGCCAUUGUACAGUCCACCAAUACCACGAUGCCAGCAGGCAGCAGUCGCGCAUCCUGCACAAUCUACGGGUGCAAGAGGUCCUAUACGGACAUGACGGCGCUCCACAGUCACAUCAACGACCACCAGAUUCCUGCAGAGUCUUUGCCAGAGAAAGUAUUCCUGUGCUCUUCAUUGGGCUGUGAGGGGUCAUUCUCCAGCAUGCAACAGCUAAUGGAACACAUGAGGGUCCACUAUAAGCCAAAUAUCUUUUUCAUCUGUGAGAGUUGCCGGGCCAAGCUGCGAUCCUAUCGCACACUGCUGAAACACCUGCAAACCUGCGCUAAAGUAGCCAAGAGCAAGGCAGCGCGUGCAGGAGCGCUCGGUGAACAAGGGCCCGAGUCUGAGCUUGCGACCCCCAUCUCAGCACCUGACCCAUCGGAGGCGUACAAGGAGGAGGAUAUGGAGACAGAAAUCAGCCUGCCGCCCGCAGAAACCCCCACAGCUAUGGGGCGUUCACCCGACCCCCUGCUCUCUUCCAGUCCCAAGGAGGCGUCCUGCUCAGAGUCCCAGCAGUGUGCCUCAGACCUCCCCCAUCGCAACCACUGUCCUCCCCCUCGCCUCAGAGUGCUUCAGCUGCCUCCAAUGCUGUCUGGAGGAAAAAUCAAGGCCAGUCCUUCAGCAGCCGCAUCUUAUGGGAGCACACCAGGGGGCGCUACAACUGUCUCCAGUGUGGCCACAGCACCCCCAACCGCAAGGAGAUGACCACUCACAUCGAGGGCCAACAUAAGAGCCCCUCUGGAAAAACAUCCUCUGAGACUGACGGAACAGAGAGCCCUACACAGCUACAGUCUCCAUCAGAUGGGGAACUCUCGGCCGAUACCCACCCGUGACUCAUUCUGCAUCACUCAGUAGUGAAUAAGGUCUUCGCCAUUGCAUCUCAUGACAGCACUGAAAACUCGGUUGUAAUAUUUCAUCAAAGGCUAUUUUGUGACGCAUAUGAGAAUAUUUUGAUGCUGCUUCAGUUGUAUGUUUUUUGUCUUGUCUUUGUGUUACCCUACAGACUAAUAAAAUAUUUCCAUGCUGAA